AGAUUCAAUGGAUCAAACAAGCCAUCUGCACUCAGGAAAUGAUGAAGAACCAUCAGUCCUCAUAGGUCGGGCGCUGCUGAGGCUCCGGGAUGCUGCUGCCAUGGCAAUGUCACGUGCCCAACAGAGAGUUUUACAGGCCUUCGUUGUGUUCUCUGUUGUGCUGCUGGUCCUCUGGGUCGCUGCCUUUUUAUACGGGAGCUUCUACUACUCUUACAUGCCCAAGGCAGCUUUUUCCACUUCUGUGCACUAUCACUACAGGACAGACUGUGAAUCUCCAGCCUCUUUUUUGUGCUCUUAUCCAAUGGCUAACAUCUCUCUGAUGAGAAAUAAGAAACAUGUGUUGACAUUCGGCCAGGCAUAUCGGAUCUCUCUGCAGCUGGAGAUGCCUGAAUCCCCGACCAAUCAGGAUCUAGGGAUGUUCAUGAUUAAGACAACCUGUUUCUCUCGGGAUGGAGGGCAAAUUGCCUCCUCUGCUCGCUCUGCAAGACAACUGCUGUCCGCCUCCAGCUCUCGCUUUAGUAUGCUGCGAUACCGCUCAGACCUGCUCAGGACCAUGGGAACAUUGCUGUUUCUCCCGGCGUUCCUGACUGGAACAGUAGAGCAGAAACAAACACUGGAGGUGGAGCUCUUCCCAGACUACACCGACGACCCUUAUGACCCUUCAGUCACAGCCAUCAUUGAGAUCAUGUCUAACAGGGUGCAGAUCUACUCAUCUCACCUCUACGUUCACGCUCAUUUCACUGGCAUAAGAUACAUCCUGUUCUACUACCCUCUCCUAUCAGCCCUGGUGGGCGUGUCCAGUAACUUUAUCUUCCUCAGUGUCCUCUUCGUCCUCAGCUACUUGAGACUGCUGUUGAAAGUGGAGUGGAGACCAGGGCAGCUCAGAACUGUUGGACCGCUAUUGGAGAGGGAAAAAAACACGGACAACACCCAGGAAGCGAAUGAAGAAGAUGCUACUGCAAGUCCUACCGAGCUGCUGGGUCCCCUCCAAAUAACCCCCACAGAAAGGAGCCAGGAGAAACGUCAUAUUCACUUUGGUGACAGCGGAGAGCAGCAGAACAGACACACACUCAGUGAGAGUGAAAUGAAUGAGUCAGAGGCAGACUGAAGCCAUUCAUCAAGAGGAGGGAGAAAGUGUAAAGAGUUAUCUUGUAUGUGAGAUGUAAGGAUGAAGAUUUAAGAUAGAUAUAUUGUUGAAAAUGACCAGAAAGCACCUACUGACAAACAUACUGGGUGCUUGUCUGUCCUGUUGGAUCUGUAGAGCUUUAAGGUGACCAUUUCCAUUCCUACCUCUGUGUCCCGGUAUUUCAGCAUUAAUUGUAACCCUGCAAUUUAUGAGAUUGACAUACUACCUUCAUCACUCCAAAGAAAUCUCACAUUCACACACUCUAUGUGCUGUACUGUCUUGAUAUGGGGAUUGUUUCAGAAAAGUGAUUUGCAAAAAUCUUACAGCAUUUCAAAAAUGAUCACUCGCAAUUAGACUCACAAAUUGUAGAUACAUUUGUGAGCUCUAAAGUCUUCUAGUAUGGGGUUUCUUUUGAUUUGUUAAACACGUCAAAAUUAAAGCAAGAGAAAAUAAUCUCCUGUUGCAAGCUGUUGCUUUCAUGUUGCACAUUUGGUGAAACGGGUCCCUGGUGUUACUUAUGUCAAAUACCUGCACAAAUACUGAAAAAUGCUGCUGACUGUCAAUUUCUUUCACUUAACAAAUUAACUGUUCAAAAGCAACAUAAUAGUUAGAGAGAACAUUAGGAUGUUGUGUUUACUUUCUAUUUCACAGGUUAUAAAAAUAUGACAAACUUAAGUAAAUACAAUGAGAUUUAGUAAAUUAAACAAUAACAUAAACAAAACUUGAGAGUAAAAGUUUCAUUUACAUACUUUCUUCAAGGCAAUCGGUUUACUUGUACAAUAAAAGGAACAUGUCAUAUUUUACAGGCAGAUGUAAU